UUAAACAGAUUGUCUAGGGAUUUGCAUUAUUUAAGUCUUCCUGUUAAGCUCAGGAAUAGAAUGGAUGUGAUUUCUUUCUGAUUUUGCUAGAUCCUCGAUAAUACUACAUUGCAAGCUUUCGUCUUGUGUGACAAAUAACUGCAUUAUACGUGUGAAGAGAUGGAUUCGAUUACUGGGAUGAUGAAGCGUACCAAGUGGAAUACUCAUCACGUUCACUGAAGUGAUAUUUGGAAAAGUCAGCUUCAAUUGGAUUGUGGGAGAAAUUUCCUUGUAGAAAUCUUAACUAUGCCUUCGGCAAGAAAAAAAUGCAUCUGCCAACUAUGCACUUGCGGGCGGCAUAUGUGCCCUCAUCGAGUGGACACGUCCCAUUUGGUGCUGGGAGAGGAAGAAAGUAUAAAAUCGGCAGAUUUAACAGCAGGUGGAGAGAUCAACAAAAAGGAGCGGAAGAAGUGGGAUCGUUCUAAUGUCAAAUCGAAAGACAUAGCUCCAGCAACUGAUCAAAAUACUGAACAAGUUAUUACAGACUCAUCUAAUAUUGCCACAGCAGUAACAGUAAGAGACAAAGGAAAUAGUAGGUUAUCAGGUUCUGUCAGCGAUGGAAAGACCUGGUCAUCGAAACAAAUUCCCAAAACACUGCCCAUUAAAAGACCAGAUAAUCUUAAACUUGAUGGUGGUGCAGAUUUUACAACCAUCCAUAAACAAGAUUUUGUACAAAAGUCUUCAGAGUUACGUUCGAUGGAAUCUGGGCACGUCGAUACUGCUUUAGAAACACAAGAAAAGUCUUGGAAUAAAAAACAAAUUCCAAAGACUCAGAUGAUCAGGAAACCAGAUACAUUAACAUUUUCUGAAACAUCGCAAGUAGAAAGUAACGAAACUAAGGCCCAAAGCAAAGAAGCAAACGAAAUAACCCAAGGUAUAACACCUCACACAAAAUUUCAAAGACCACGUACAUCUCUAAAGUUAAGUGGACCAUUUGAAGCAGACAGCUCUUACCAUACAGCAUUUACGCCAAAACGAGUAGAAAAUGAAAUCAAAAUCAAGAAAGGAACAUCAGUUAGCCAUCUGAAACCGGAAGGAGAAAUAAAUUUUGAAACGACUUCGUCGGAUUAUAAUGCUGCAUUAAUAGCCAAUCGGGCAAGUGUAAACAAGGAAAGCGGCAAUGAUUUCUCUGCUCUCAGACCAAAAAUAGGGCGUCCAGCAAGCCACCUAAAACCGGAAGGAGAAAUAAGUUUUGAGACUACAUCAUCAGAUUACAAUGCUGCAUUAAAAAGCAAUCGAGCUAGUGAAAACUCAGAAAGUGGUAAUGAUUUCUCCGCCCUCAGAUCGAAAAUUGAACGUCCAUUAAGCCAUCUGAAACCGGAAGGAGAAAUAAGUUUUGAAACAACUUCAUCAGAUUACAAUGCUGCAUUAUUAAGCAAUAUUAACUCAGAAAGUGGAAAGGAUUUCUCUACCCUUAGACCAAAAGUUGGGCGACCUCCAAGCGAAAUUACCAUUCCUGCCGCUCCCCUAUCAGAUGAAACUACAGCUGUAACAGAUUUCAAAAGAUGGAAAGUGGAGAAACCACAAAGAUAUAAACCAGUCGAUACUCUCAAACUGGGAGAUUCUUCAGAAUUAGAAACGAACACUUCGGAUAUUGAUAGAUAUCUUUCCCGAUCAGAUGCUAUAAAAGAAAAGGCAGUUAAUGGUUAUAUAGUAGACAGUUUGGUAGAAAAGUCAACAUAUAAUGGAAAAGGCGAAAGUACCAACGGCUUAAUCGCUGCUCGGGAUACAGACUACUCUUCGAAACAUAGAAUAAGAAAUAUGAACUCAAAUUUAGAAACUUUAACGGAAGGAACGGAAAAAGAAUCAUUUCACUCAGGUGAAGACCAAGCUACGGCAUCAGUUAAUGAUAUUACUUACGUUAAAGGAAAGCCUGAAGACGCCACAAAGCGUGAAGAUAUUCAGACCGCUGAUGCUGCACGAACGCACAAAGAUGAUAAUUUGCAGACGAAUGGCAGAGAAAAAAUAACUUCUGAAUUUAUUGAAAGUCCAGUUUCAGUCGCAGCUCAACAAGAUCCGUCGUAUUCCGACCAGGCUGAUGCAAGAGCACAUGAUGAUGAGCAAUACCUUACUUGGGAUCAAAUACGACCGAAGCCAAUACGGCCCCAAAGCAAUCUGAGACAAGAGGGCGGCAUGGAAUUCAAUACAACAAACAGAAGUGAAUUUGUAGAAAAAUCUAUGGAAAGAGUAAAAGGAAUUCGGCCAAAAACUACUACUAAACUCCCUGAAGGAAAUUUCGAUGCAACAACUAUGAAUCAAAUAAUGUUUUCACAUGAUCAGGGAGAGAGAGUCAAUCCCAUACGACCGAAAAGCAAUCUCCACGUAGAAAGUGGGCAGUUUAUAGACGAAACAACAACCGCACGAGAAUUUCAGCAGUGGCCAAUUAAACGACCUUCGCCAGUUGUUCCGAAACCCUCUCUCACUCAGGAAGGUACAAUGGAUUUUACGACUACAAACCAUACUGAAUUUGAAGAAAAAAGACCAGAUAAAGUUUAUCCCAUUCGGCCUAGUACAACCAACAGGAUUUCUGGUGAUAUAGAUUUGACAACUACCAACAGAGUCAUGCAUUCAGAGUUUCCAAUAGAAAGAGUACAGAAAAUUGUGCCACAAUCAAAUUUGAGAGUUAGUUCCGGAGAAUUUAAUUCAGAGACAACUAACAAGUCACAGUUCCAAGAAUGGGAAAUCGACAGACCUAAACCAGUAAGACCCGUUUCCAAUCUGAAGCAAGAGGGUUCAAUGGAUUUUACUACCAUGAAUCAAUUACAGUUUGAAGAAAAGCAGGCAGAGAAAGUUUCCCAGUUUAGACCUCGCACUUCAUCAAAAAUCACAGGUGAUUUUGAUGACACCACAACUAAUCAAGUAAUGUACCCUGCACAACCAAUGCAAAAACUACAGAUCACAAAGCCGAAAUCCAAUUUAGAGUUACGUAAAGGAAAAUUCAUGGCUGAUACAACUAAUCUCUCUGAAUAUCAGCAGUGGCAAUUGUCUAAGCCUAAAGCAAUUAAACCGAAAAAUAAUUUGCAACAAGAGGGAAAAAUUGAUUUUACUACCACAAAUCAAACGCAAUACGGAGCUAAAACUACCGAUCGGGUUUCUCAGAUUAGACCUAAAACAAAUCCUAAAAUAACUGGAGAGUUUGAUGCUACGACUACUAAUCAAGUUAUGUAUCAAAACGUACCAGGUGAAAAAUCCAUUUCUACGAGACCUCAAACAAAUAUAAAGCUAGACCACGCUAAUUUUCUUGAUGAAACAACAAGUAAGAGAGAUUUUCAAGCUUGGGAUUAUUCUAAACCUUCUCCAAUUAGACCAAACAACAGCAUACAGCAAGAAGGGGAUAUUGAUUUCACUACAACUAACAGUACUCAAUUCGAAGGAAAAACUGCAGAGCGAGUGUCUCAAAUAAGACCCACAACUACUACAAAACUCACUGGGGAUUUCGAAGGCACGACAACAAGUCAAGCAGCUUUUCAAAAUAACAAUGGAGUGGAAGUAGUCAGAGGAAAAAGACCCUCUACAAAUAUCCAUCUUGAGAAAGGCAAAUUUGAAAACCAAACAACAGCCCGAAGAGAAUUCCAACAAUGGGAGAUUGACAGACCCGAAGCCAUUCGACCAUCAGGUAAUCUUACCCAAGAGGGAACGAUGGACUUCACUACAUCUAAUCAGACGCAGUUUGAAGAAAAGCAAAUUACAAAAACUGAACCAAUAAGGCCUCAUACUUCAUCUCCCAUAACAGGAGAUUUUGAGGGAACAACAACCAAUCAAAUGAUGUAUCAAGCACCGCCAAUAGAGAAAGUUCAUGAUAUUAGACCCAAAGAUAAUUUGAGAGUGGAAGAUGGCAUCUUUCACAGUGAAACAACUACUUCUAAGGCUUAUGGUUAUAAAAUGGGUAGUAAAGCUGAGUCAAUCAGACCUAAACCCAGUCUCUCGCAGGAAGGAGAGUUUGAUUUCACAACAUCGAAUCAAGCACAAUAUAACGAAAAACCUAUUAACAAGACUACUCAGAUGCGACCAAAAACAUUAACAAAAAUUUCAGAUGAUACAUUUCAGGCCACGACUACAAACCAAGACAUGUUUCAGGCUCCACCAAUUGAUGUAGUUCAUGAAAUAAGGCCAAGUAACAAUCUCCAUGUAAAUGAAGGAGAGUUUCAGAACAGAACUACGGCAAGAGAUGAAUACAGGCAGUGGCAAGUAGAAAAGCCGAAAGCAUAUCAGCUAGCGUCUUCUCUAAAGCAAGAAGGUGAUAUGAAUUUCGAAACAACCAACCAUUCUGAAUUUAAAGAGAGGAAUUUUGAUAAAAUUCAACAAAUACGACCAAAGACAACCACAAAACUUGAAGGUGAAUUUGAUGCAACAACUACUAACCAAAUCGCAUUUCAGACGCACGGGAAACCACAAAGGGUAAAACCAAUCCGCCACGAAAACAACUUACAUUUAGAGCCUGGUAAGUUUUAUGGUGAAACGACAAAUAGUAAGGAAUUCAGGCAAUGGGUAAAAAUGGAAAAUCAGUCAAAAGAUAUGAAGGCAAAACAAAUCCCUGCAGCAGGAAUUCGAAGUGAUAACAAAAGAAUAAGCAGAAAGCAGGGCGUUCAAGAUAAAAUACAAAGUAAAGGAAAUAAAUCAAACGAAGAGCUGUACGAGCCAUGGAAACUUAGCAGAGAUAAAGAAAUAAUUAAUGAUACUAAUGGUACAAAUGAUUUAUCAACAACUGUUAGCACAGGUAAAGUUAUUAAAGACGAUGCUGUAGGUAAUGAAGUUAAAACGCAAGACACAAUUAUACAAAAAGAAGACACAGAUGUUAAAGAGAGAGAGAGAUAUGUCAAUAACCACGUUCCAGCGGAGUCAAUGUACAGGGCAUUAACAAACUCUGGAAAUAGCGAGAACUACUCACAUGACAUAUCAGUUUCUAUGGCAGAUUACGGACCAAUAGAAGCUCCUAAAUCAAAAUCAGUUGUUACCGCUACUAAAUUAAACCAAGAAGAAAAAACCAGAAAUGUUAAAAGCGACAAUAAUAAAAAAACAGCUGUACCUAAAGGACAGCUCAAGCCAUCAGAAUUGGAGAAUUCUGAUCUAACAGUUGCACAAAACAGCAAAUCUCAAAAGGUACAAGGUAAAGAAGUUGCUGAUUCUGGCAUAUCAAGACAAAGAGAAGCUACAAAUAUAAUUCAGAAUGGAAUACGCGAUUCAAAUGACAUUCAAGAAAACAAGGGAUCAACUGCCACUCAUCAAUCUUAUCAAAACGUACCCACUGCCAGACCAAUUAAACGUUUCAGACCAGACGAUAACUUAAAGCUGGAGCCUGUUCCUUUUGAUGGUACGUCAACUACUCGAGCAGAAUACAAAAGAUGGGAAGCCAGACGGGCUUCUGCAAAGAAACGAAGCGAAACAUUAAAACAGGAAGGGAAAAUGGAAUUCAACAGAACAUCAGAAGAUUAUUCUUUAAUCUCUGAAUAUAAUAGAAACAGAGAAGCAACAAAAGCACAGUCCAAAGCAGGUCUCAAAGGCAGUUUGGGACAAACAGGGAAUAUGGACUUCUCAACAACGUCAACUUCUUCUUAUAAGGGAAAUAGGGCUUUUAGGGCACAGAAUUUGAGGCCCAGGUCUUCUUUGAGAUUAGGUACUGAAGGGCCAAGUGAACAUGAACCAGCAGUCAGCAGCAGAUCGAAUCCAGAGUCAUCGUCACGAGACCAUAAUGAGUUCACAUCAACAUCACAUGCUUCUUACAUGGGUCGCAAUGCUGGCAAAAGAAUGCAGACGUACAGACCUUCGACAAGCCAGAAAGUUGGGGAAGGUGCUUUUGAAGGAGAGAGUACUACUCGUUCUACUUUCACGAUGUUGCCUCGGGAUCGAAUUGAAAAGCCACGUAUAUAUAAACCUGAAAACCAUAAUAUUUUGGACACAGGAGAUAAGUUUUCUGGUGACACAACGUAUAGAAGUAGCUUCGAAUCCGCGAAAAGUCUUCACUGUCCUGUUAUUGAUUUAGAAGCUGGACGCUCUUCCUUGGCAUUAUACGGAGAAAAAAAUGGACAUCUUUUCUAUGCUCCACGUGUCCAAGGUUAAGAUAAUUUACUGCCAAUUUUAUUCAAGUAACAAAACGUAUGCAAAUUCUGGUGAAAUUUACAAAAUAUGCAAAAUGAGGAUGACAGCAAAAUCAGAAAAUUGAUUUCUUUUUUUGAAAUGAUACUCUCAUUCAAAUUUUGAAUUCAAUUUUCCUUACAGUUACCCGUAUUUUAUUAAUACAAUAAUAUACAAACAAAUUUAUUUCGUAAUAAAUUAAAUUUCUAUUUGGUGAAAUUCAUAUGAAUUUUGUAAUAUAAUGCAAUUAUAAUAUAAAAGCAUUGCUUUUCGAGUGACAGAUACAGAUCAUCUUGAGAUAUAUCUAGACUUUAUAUUAAUCGAAUAUAUUUAAAGAACGUUUAAAAACAAGAUGCUUUUAAAUAAGUUCCAUAACAGACAAAGAAUUAAAAUAUGACUAUGCAAUUUCCAUUUAUUCAUUGUAUCAAAGUUCACAGAGUAAUUAUAUGAAAAUCAAGAAUGUUUCUAUGAUUUUUGCUAUGAGUCUGGCAUGAUUUUUAUUUUAGUACCAGCAUUGCAUCUUAUAUAAAUGAUUAUCGUUUUACUUGCUUGAUAGAUCUCCCAUCCAGCAGCAUUAUCUCUGCAUAUUCAGACAUGUUCACUCUUCAUUUUAUGUCAUUAUUGUAAAUAGUUUGCAUACUAAAAAAUUAAACUUUGAAACAUAAAUGCCCAUACAAAUAUAAAUAUUUGUAACCGAAGAAGAAAAAUCUAUAAAGAUUUAACAAAUAAGAUUAUAAAAUAUAAUUGUUACAUCCUAGCUACACAGAAUGGCAAUUUCUAAACUGAUUACGCUACAGCUUGUUUUUUCAUUGGAUAUCAAAUCUUGUUUCAAGAUUAAGAGCUAUUUGUUGUAAAUUAGAUUUACUACAAUCUAUGCUCUUACAAAAUAAAAAGGAAUUAACUGAGAAGAUUUUAUAUUACAAAAUUAAUAAGUAUUACUUAAAAGACUUUAGCAUUUUAAAUAGAAAUUUCAAAAUUUAUACUAAUAAAAUGCCUAAAACAACUUACGUUAUUGCAAGUCUUGAUGAUUUGUGAAUUCCAAAUCUAGUUUUCAAUUAUUUGAGAACUAAAUUGCUUCCUGAACUUCAUAUGAUGAAGUGAAAGUUGAGGCAAAUACUUUUGGGGGACAUACAAACCCCAUAUUCAUAAGUAAAAUAUUUAGUAGCAAUUAAUAUAAGCAAAAUUAAUAAAUCCUGAGAGAGUUUCAAAGCAUAAAUAAAAAUACUCCAAACCCUAAUUUCUUUAAAACUGCAUCCCGUAAUUCAUUACAAAGUUGCAAAUGAGUUUUAUUGAUAUUUUAUUCACCAUGAGUGCAUUAUGUAAAAUACCUUACAAAAAUUAAUUCUUUCAUUAUCAGCAAAUACUUCUUUGACUUCUGUACGAGAACUAGGUAUUUUUCUAUUAUCGAGCAAAAUGUAAGUCAUCAAGAUAAGAAAUAUGAUUGUAAAAUACACUGUGAAUUAAUUCAAAACAUCGAUAGUUUCACUUGAAUCAAAAAUGCAUUAUCAUGUCUCAUACACAUCUUCAGAUUGUGAGUAUAUUGCUAAAAUCAAUCAUGUAAUUUAGUGUUAUAUAAAAGAAUGUUUAUGUGUUUUUUAAACUUGAAUUAAAAUAAUUUUUUCCUAA